CCCUUUACCCUCCUGGCCAGGAGCCCAGUGGGGCUCCUCCCGCUGUCUCCCCUUUGCUCCCCCCUCCCCCUUCAUCCCGUCCCGCGCUCUCCUCGGGCCCCGCCCCUCGUGCGGUGGCGGCGCCUCCCCUCCCCGUCGGCCCGGCCCAGCGCUGGAUCCCGGGUUUCCCAGCCUGCCGCGGAGCAGCCACCUGGCGUUGCGGGACGCGGCUGCACUUAGGCGGACGCUAUGGCCGAGGAGCGGGACGCGUUUCUAAGAGCGCGGGGCAGGACGCUGAGCGCCUUUCGCGAAGAUGAUGAAUGUCAAUGGAAAGCCCCUUUCUACUUCAUCCAAGGAGCGGAUCCUCAGUUUGGACUGAUGAAAGCCUGGGCAAUUGGUGACUGUGACAAUGGAGGUGAUGAAUGGGAAGAGGAGAUCAAAUUAACAGAGCAAGCUGUGCAAGCCAUUAACCAGUUAAACCCCAAGCCCAAGUUCUUUGUACUGUGUGGUGACCUCAUACAUGGUAUGCCAGGAACUCAGUGGCGAAAGGACCAAGAACAAGAUUUGAAAAAUGUCCUGAAGAACAUUGACCAAGACAUUCCAUUGGUAUUUGUCAGCGGAAAUCAUGAUAUCGGCAAUGUUCCAACACCUGAAACAAUAGAUGAUUAUUGCAAGCACUGGGGAGAUGAUUAUUUCAGUUUUUGGGUUGGAGGAGUUUUCUUUCUUGUGCUUAACUCUCAGUUAUACUUUGAUUCCUCUAAGUGUUCUGAGUUAAAGCAGGCCCAAGAUGAGUGGCUUAAUGCACAACUGGCUGUAGCUGAAAAACGGAAGUGUAAACAUGUAAUAGUAUUUCAGCAUAUUCCUCUAUUUCUACAAAACCCGGAUGAAGACCAUGACUAUUUUAACUUGGAGAAGUCUGUUCGGCACGAGCUGAUGGAAAAGUUUCAUAAAGCAGGGUGUAUGAACUUGUUGCAGUAUGGUAACAGGCCCUCUAAACAAGCUUUGAGAUUGACAAGGAAUGCCGGAGGGUCCUACAAGGAUCUAGAGAUGGUGGUUUCAUCAGCAAUCGGAUGUCAACUGGGAGAAGAUACCCAUGGGCUUAGAGUGGUCAUUGUCACAGCUGAGAAGAUUGUUCACAGAUACUGCAGUUUAAAUGAUCUGAGUAGCCAAGGAAUAGAAAAAGAGCUGAUGGAUUUGAUUAAGCAAAAUUAGCCAUUUUCUAACUAUGACAAGUCUCCAGUUUAUUUUUAAUUUGCAUGUUUUAUUUCACAGAUAGAAACACCAGCUCAGCAAAAACAAAAAAGCCUACCAUUGGCUGAAGAUGAUUCCCAGUUGUGUAUUAUGCACCAAAAUAGUUGUCUUAACCCAUUAUCAUCCUAAAUAACAAAGCAGAAAGGUAUGCAGAGAUAUUUAUACCUUUGAGGGGAAAUGAAACCCAUUAUAAUAUGAAAAAUAAUAGAAGUAAUGCUGUUGCUAUUGAUUUUUUGUAAUGGGAAAGAGCUAUUCUGAGGAUUAGCUGCUCUAUUCCUGGAUCAGACUUUUAUAGCUAAGUAAGUGUACCCAUGAGUAGAAGCAGUGGCUUCUGGAUGACAAACUCAACUCUAGUCCACCCUUCUGUUCUAGUGAGGCCAGCCAGAUACAUCUCAAAACUAUUAUACUUAAUGUUCUCUAUUACUUUCUUAGUAAUCCUCCAGAAAGUGACAAAGUACAUGUGGCAUGUUCGUAUUCAGUAUGGGCUAAUCCAAAGCCCUUUGAAGUCAACAAAAGUCUUCUCUCUGACUUAAAUGAGUUUUGGAUCUCACCCUAUUUCUGCUUCCUUCCAGUUGAUGUCAUCUCCCAUCCCUAGCCUUUACUUCUGUAAUCUCUUCAGAACCACUACAGCAAUCAGAGCAAGCUGGAUUCUUCUCUGCCUAGCAAAUCACCAUUGUGGGUGCUGUAAGAGAGACAAGACUCACAAUUUGGGUCUGCAGGAGUGGAGGUUAGAAAAGCCUGUAAAUUAAGAAAAUAUAAUAGGAAAGCCGUAAAGAGAAACUAAAUGUAGAAAAAUCAUUUUACCUUUACCUUUUGGCAUUUAACCGCAAUUAAAUUUGCUGUUGAGAGUUCCCUGUAAGAGCAUAUCCUCUUUAGAAAAUAGCUGACUCCUAGACAAAUGGAGAUUUAUGGAUGUCCAUAAAGAACACACAAUAUUGUAGAGACAGAAUACAUCAUCUCUCUUGUACAUAUGUCAUUUCUAUAAGAGGAUAGUAAAAAGAUUUAGAUAUGUGAGAGACGUGCCCCUCUGUACCCCAAGUUAGUUUCGCUGAAGUCGUCGAAAGCCUGUCAGGUAGUUUAUUACUUAAUUUAACUGUGUCAGCUUUUCCAUGGAGAUGCUCCACACUACAUGUUAGGGAGGCUGAGGAGAUUCUGACAUUGGUCAGGGCUAUUCUGGCUACUGACAGCACAAAUUGAAUAAUUAAUUGGGGUGAAAUUUCAAAGUUGUGCUUAAUACAGGGAAAUAUUUUUAUAAAUAGGCAAACAGGAAAACCAAGGUAUAGGCUGCCUCCUACACAGCCAAUAGAUGCCUCCGCAGGACUCAGUUUACCCACACAACCCAUGAAAUAGCUUUCAUGGUUUAAGAAAGGUUUAGAGCAGAGAUGGGCAAACUAUGGCCUGUCCUGCCUGGCCCCUGAGCUCCCGGCUGGGGAGGCUACCCCCGGCCCCUCCCCUGCAGCCUCAGCGCGCUCCUGCUACCGGGCGUCCCGCUGCUCUGAGCAGCGUGGUAAG